UUGCUAGUUGCUGCCUCACAGCGGCGGACAAACGUCAGUAAGACGACGACGAACAGGAGGAGGAGGAGGAUGGAGACAGCGGACAAAUAAGCGACAAAACAACUACUCUGGUGUGUCCUACAGCAUAGCCGCAGUGACACUCAAGCGGACCAUGGUGAAGAAGUUUGAAGCCACUGAGCUAAAUACCAAAUUGCCUUCGACCAUCAAGAGAUAGCCAGUGUACAGGAUGAAGAUCCAGGAGGAAUGACAAGUCUCUUUAGCCUCGCCAUCAUUCAGAGAAAAUGCACUGGACCUGUGGAUACGUCUCUGUGCUCCUGGUGUCCCUUAUCACCUCUCACACCGCCGGGGCCUUAUCAGAGGACACUGAUGUAAACGGAACAAAGAGCAUCAAUGUGACCGAUGGUGGAUUUGUCCCAGUUGUGUUCACUAAAGUGAACCAGAUAAUUGCCCGGGAGGGAAGCUGCGUGCUCAUUGAUUGCAAUGUCACUGGAGACCCAUUCCCCAGUGUUCGGUGGUUCAACUCCCAUGGUGACCGUCUGGACACGGAGACAAGUGGUGGGAAGUGGUGGCUGCUGGACGACGGCAUUCUUAACAUCAGCAGCAUUGAGUUUGCAGAUCGUGGGAAGUACACCUGCAUGGCGUCCAACGCGCUCGGCAGUUCCAACUGCACGGUGACGCUCCGCGUGGUCAUCACCAAGGGCGACAUGGGCGUGUACUACAUGGUCGUGUGCUUGGUCACCUUCACCAUCAUCAUGGCCCUGAACAUCACGCGCCUCUGCAUGAUGAGCAGCCACCUGAAGAAGACGGAGAAAGCCAUCAACGAGUUCUUCCGCACCGAGGGCGCGGAGAAGCUGCAGAAGGCCUUCGAGAUCGCCAAGAGGAUCCCCAUCAUCACCUCGGCCAAGACGCUGGAGCUCGCCAAGGUCACGCAGUUCAAGACCAUGGAGUUUGCGCGGUACAUCGAGGAGCUGGCCCGCAGCAUCCCGCUGCCGCCGCUCAUCAUGAACUGCCGCACCUUCAUGGAGGAGAUCCUGGAGGUGGUGGGUGUGGAAGAGAUGAGGCACACCUUCGUCAGACAAGCACCAGAGGGGCGGCGCGAGAUCACGGGCAGGGUCGCCUCCAUCGGGGCGAGAGACGUCUUCACCAUCCUGCAGGAGAGAGAGCGCGGGCGCGAGAGGGAACGCAGCGAAUCUCCCGCCGCCGACUCCGACAACUCCUCCGUUCAGGAGCAGCCGCAGCACAUCGCCAUCCAGGUGUCGGUCCACCCGCAGCUCGCCGGCGGAGGUUACUGCAGCAUCGAGGCUCCACCUCCCCCAGAGGCCCCGCCCUCCUCACCUCCCCCCCUCCCACCUCUCGUUCCUCUUCACCUUGAGGAGCAACCUGAGGCGGGGGCGGAGGCGGGGGCGGAGACAGGGGUGGAGGCGGAGCAGAGUGUGGAACAGGCCGCGACAGAGCCGGAGGCUAACAAGAGCCCGUCCUGCCAGGUGUUCUAUGAAAGCCAUGUGUGAUGAAACGAGGACUUCUCCUGCUAUGCAUUUUCACUUGAAAAAAAAUUAUCUAAAGGUCCACAAAACAUUUUCUUAGUUCACAUUUUGGAGAGAAGUUAUCAUACUUUUAUUUGUCUUUUCUGAACAGAACAAUCUCUUUAAACCUCUGUAGGCGGUUCUUACUGAUACAAGGUUUUUAGACACUUGCUUUUUGUUUCUCUCACUCGGGUCUUUCCAUGGUUGAAUGUACACGUGAGGAGGAAUAAACUAUGUUAUUAUUAAUGUAAAAAGCAGAGAAUUGUAAAGGAACAUUACCGUCACACAUAUUAUUUAAAGUCUCACUUUAGGGUCCCUGAUAUUUCAGUCACUAGUUUCUUACAGUGGCAAGAUUUCUAUGAAGAAAUCUUCCUCAAGUUGCUCCUCAUGACGUUUUUUUUUCCACAAAAACCAUGAACGUUCAAGUACUCGGGCCACGCGUGAAGAAAACAUUUUUUUAUGCCAUGACGAGAUUAAGCUCCACUGAAUCCGGAGAGUCAGUGUCAGAUGGGGUUGGAAAUGUGAGUUAGUUUUUGAGCUGCUGAAACUCUUUUGACUGGAAGCAGUAAAAAAUAAUAAUCACGUGAAGUCUCUCUCCUUGGCGAUGUCAGCGAAACACAGUCCGAGACCGACUGUUGGAAAUUUCUGUUGGAAAUGUCGAGAUGAUUUUCCAACUGUACUCUGGAAAUUUCGUCGUCAUUAAUCUAGUCAUGGCAAAAUAAAAUAAACUGUAUGGGUGGCCCAGCCUCCGUUACUGCUGAUCCACUGGUAUUUCACACACUCACACAGAGAUGCAUGCUGAGAGUGGUCCCAACUUCAUGAUUGUAUGUUCUACUGUAUGUCUCGAAAUAAGUAAACCAGGUUAACCUGAGUGUAUUCCCUGAUUGGGUCACACACACUUCUGGAUAGAGUUUUUUUCCUUUGAUUUAUUAUUAAGUAUAAUAAUAUUAUUACCUGCUGUAUUGUGAUUUUGGUUCCUCGGCUAGUUUAAAAAAAAAAAAAAAGAAGAAAAAAAGCCCUUUUGUCUUCUCAGUCGAGAAGAGAAGCUUGUUCUCCUCUGUCAUGUGCCCUUUUAGAUUUUUAACUCCACUUCUCAGCCUCCUCUCGCUUCUGCAGAGGCUUAUUUUCUUUCCAGUACAGUUGCAUUUCUGCUGCAUGUGAAAUUGAACAAUGGAGAUGUUUGGCAUCUUUCUCUGGGACUAAAAGGACUUCUUUCUUCCUUUGCUUGGCUAAUGGUCCAUUCUGUGGUGGAGAUGAACUGGACUCUGUUCUUUUACUGGUGCUCUUGAAAUGCCUCUGUUUUUUUUUUGGUAGUGGAAUAAAAAUGGAAGUGCUGUGCAAAAAAAUUAAAUAAAAUAAAAUAAUUUAUCUACAGA